AUGGUCGCCACCACAGGAGCGGGUCAAUCCCUAUCCCACCGACGAGCUCAGCUUGCCGGACCUUCGGGAGUCAAGGGUCUGGUCUCCAACGUUCGCGUUCUUGCUAUUGCUGUUUUCGCGUCGCUCGGUGGCUUUGUUUAUGGUUACAAUCAGGGCAUGUUCGGUCAGAUCCUGAGCAUGUCCUCCUUUUCAGCAACCGUGCACCCGGAGUCGAUCACCAACACAACCACUAGAGGACUUCUGACAGCUAUUCUGGAACUUGGCGCCUGGGUCGGUGUCCUCGCCAACGGCCUUCUCGCUGAUGCUCUUGGUCGCCAACAGGCAACUCUUUCAGGCGUUGUAGUGUUCGUUGUUGGCGUGAUUGUUCAGGCCUGUGCGAAAAAUGCCGACUACAUUCUGGGCGGCCGCUUUGUUACCGGUCUUGGUGUUGGUGUCCUAUCGAUGAUUGUUCCUCUGUAUAACGCUGAGCUGGCACCCCCUGAACUACGUGGUUCUCUUGUUUCACUUCAGCAGUUGGCUAUUUGUUUUGGAAUCAUGGUUUCUUAUUGGAUUGGUUAUGGUACCAAUUAUAUUGGAGGGACUGGCGCAUCCCAGUCAAAUGCGGCAUGGUUGGUGCCAGUCUGUAUUCAGAUCGCACCUGCGGUUAUUCUUGGAGUUGGAAUCCUCUUUAUGCCACCAAGUCCACGCUGGCUUAUGACGAAAGGCAGAGAGAACGAAUGCUUAGAAGUCAUUGCAAAUCUGCGCAACUUGCCCACUGACAAUGAUCUCGUGCAGCUGGAGUAUCUCGAGGUGAAAGCGCAGCAUCGCUUUGAACAAGAAACAUCUCUCGCUCGGUUCCCCCAGUACCAUUCUCCAGGUCUGAUGAACAAAGUCAAAUUGGAAUAUCAUCAAUAUCUCAGCUUGCUUACCAACCGGUCUCUGUUCAAACGUACCAUUGUUGCUGUUUUCAUUAUGGUUUUCCAGCAAUGGUCUGGAAUCAAUGCCAUUCUAUACUAUGCAUCCUUCAUUUUCGCGGACUUGGGCCUGACUGGUAACACCACUUCCCUGCUUGCAGGCGGCGUCGGUGGAAUCCUGCUUUUCCUUGCCACCAUCCCUGCCGUGCUAUAUAUCGAUCAAUUUGGACGGAAGCCAGUCCUCAUUACUGGCGCCAUCGGCAUGGGUGUAUGCCAUUUUAUUGUGGCGGGUCUCGAUGGAAAGUAUAACUCGAGCUGGCCCCAGCACAAAGCUGCCGGUUGGGUUGCCGUGGUAUUCGUUUGGCUCUACGAAGUCAACUUCGGUUAUUCUUGGGGGCCCGGAGCAUGGGUGGUUGUCGCUGAGGUCUUCCCGCUCGGAGUGCGAGCAAAGGCCAUUUCCAUUGGCGCUUCGUCGAAUUGGCUCAACAACUUCGCGAUCGGCCAAGCAACUCCCGACAUGGUGGCGAAGAUGGGUUACGGAACCUUUAUCUUCUUUGGGGCCAUGUGCUUCAUUGGCGCGGUGUUUGUUUAUUUCGUUGUCCCUGAAACCAAGAACUUGACACUUGAGGAAAUGGACGAGGUCUUCGGUGACGAGGCCGGAACCGCGAUUGAAGACCGGAACCGGUUGAUUGAGAUCUACACUGACCUUGGUCUCCUGGAGAGUAGCAGUGGCGAAGAGAAAGUCGUUGCAGGAAAAGAGCAGACCGAAUCCUAG